CCACAAGCCUGGCUGAUCCUUUUCUGUGAGUCCACUUCAAGAAGCCUGCCCUCGGACAAGGACCCAAUGCCCAACCCCAGGCCAGCCAAGCCCUCGGCCCCUUCCUUGGCACUUGGCCCAUCCCCAGGAGCCUCACCCAGCUGGAGGGCUGGACCCAAGACUUCAGACCCACUGGGGGCCAAGGGCCCAGGGGCAACCUUCCAGGGCCGGGACCUCCGAGGCGGGGCCCAUGCCUCCUCCUCUUUGAACCCCAUGCCACCAUCACAGCUGCAGCUGCCUACAGUGCCCCUAGUCAUGGUGGCACCCUCUGGGACACGGCUGGGCCCCUCGCCCCACUUGCAGGCACUCCUCCAGGACAGGCCACACUUCAUGCACCAGCUCUCAACGGUGGAUACCCACGCUCGGACCCCUGUGCUGCAGGUGCGCCCACUGGACAGCCCAGCUAUGAUCAGCCUCCCACCACCCACUGCUGCCACUGGUGUCUUCUCCCUCAAGGCCCGGCCCGGCCUGCCACCUGGAAUCAACGUGGCCAGCCUGGAAUGGGUGUCCAGGGAGCCGGCACUGCUCUGCACCUUCCCAAGCCCCAGCACACCCCGGAAAGACAGCACCCUUUCAACCGUGCCCCAGGGCUCCUAUUCACUGCUGGCAAAUGGUGUCUGCAAGUGGCCUGGAUGUGAGAAGGUCUUCGAGGAGCCAGAGGAUUUCCUCAAGCACUGCCAGGCGGACCAUCUCCUGGAUGAGAAGGGCAGGGCACAGUGUCUCCUCCAGAGGGAAGUGGUGCAGUCUUUGGAACAGCAGCUGGUGCUGGAGAAGGAGAAGCUGGGUGCUAUGCAGGCCCACCUGGCUGGGAAGAUGGCUCUGACCAAAGCUCCAUCCACGGCGUCAUCCGACAAGGGCUCCUGCUGCAUCGUGGCCACUGGCACCCCAGCCGCCACUGGCCCAGCCUGGCCCAGCCCCCAGGAGGCCCCUGACGGCCUGUUUGCUGUGCGGAGGCACCUCUGGGGCAGCCAUGGAAAUAGCACAUUCCCAGAGUUCUUCCACAACAUGGAUUACUUCAAGUUCCACGACAUGCGGCCACCCUUCACCUACGCCACCCUCAUCCGCUGGGCCAUCCUGGAGGCUCCCGAAAAGCAGCGGACCCUCAACGAGAUCUACCACUGGUUCACACGCAUGUUUGCCUUCUUCAGAAACCACCCCGCCACCUGGAAGAAUGCCAUCCGCCACAACCUGAGCCUACACAAAUGCUUUGUGCGGGUGGAGAGUGAGAAGGGGGCCGUGUGGACCGUGGAUGAAUUCGAGUUCCGCAAGAAGAGGAGCCAGAGGCCCAGCAGGUGUUCCAACCCCACACCUGGCCCCUAA